GGUAAAUAUCAGUAUCAGUAUUCAGUAACUACGUAAUUAUUUAGAUAGAAAUUAUUUCAUCAAAUUAUUUCAAAAUUUAAUAUUUUUUUAAUUAAAAAUGGUUUAUAAAAGUGAAGAAAAAUCCAAUAAUUUAUAUAUAAAAUCAGAAAAUGAAAAUUCACAAGUAUUUGAAAGAAAACGAGCUCAAUAUAAAGAUCUUUCAGAAAAAUUCGCAAUAACAAAAAGUGAUUAUUCUAAACAAUUUGCCCAUAUAUAUUCUGCUAGACUUGCUGAAUUAAGAGAUAUUUUAAUUCCACGUGUCCAAACUAAAUGGGAAAAUAUUCCUAUUAUAAAAUUAGCUGACUUAGAAAAUUUAGAAGGUCAACAAUGUAUAUUAAUUGGUACACUGUAUAAACAUCAGCAAUGGAAACCAUCAAUUUUACGAGAACUUAGUGAAGAUCAUCAACUUAGUCUCUCCUGUUCUAAAUCAGAUUAUUGUUCAGAAAAAGACCAAUCAUUUCUAGAAGAUGAAAUGUUACGUAUUAAAUUAGUGGGUAACCAAGUUAACUUAAAACAAAUUGUUACUGGAGUUGUUUGUGCUGUAUUAGGCAAUGAAAAUAGUGAUGGAACAUUUAUGGUAAAAGAUUGGUGUUUUCCUGGAUGUGCACCAAAAGAACCUUUAAAAGAACAUAUAUCGCAAAAAAAACUGGUAAUAGUAUCUGGAUUAGAUUUAUCUAAUAAUUAUAAAAGUUUGGGAAUAUCUCUCUUUUGUGAAUGGUUAUGUGGAAUGGCUGGUGAUACAACAAUACAAAAGGAUAAUACUUCUAUUGUUCGCCUUAUUAUAGCAGGUAAUAUUAUAAAAAAUAGUGAUAUAAUAAAUACUAGUACAAAACUUGAAGAAAUAAAGAUUGUGGAUACAUUCUUAAGUAAUUUAGCAAUGUGUUGUAAUAUUACCUUGAUGCCAGGAGAACAUGAUCCUACUAAUGCUAUGUUACCACAAAAACCAUUUCAUCCUUGUUUAUUACCUAAAUCAUCCAGAUUUGAAAAUUUUAAAAGUACUACAAAUCCAUGGAUUGGUAAAAUUGAAGGACGAAUAAUAAUUGGUACUAGUGGUCAAUCAAUUGAAGACAUUAUAAAAGUAACAGGUGAAACUGAUAUUUCACCUCUCGAAUGGCUAGAAAAAUCUUUGCUGUGGAGACAUAUGUGUCCAACUGCUCCAGAUACAUUACUAGCUUGUCCAUAUUAUGAGAAAGAUUUGUUUAUUAUAAAAAAAUGUCCAGAUAUAUAUUUUAUAGGAAACACAGAUAAAUUUGAAACAAAACUAUGGAAAGGAGAAGAAAACCAAAUUGUUAGAUUAAUAUCUGUUCCACGUUUUAAUAUGACUUGCACUGCUGUGAUAGUAGAUUUGGAGAAUUUGGACACUCAAUAUAUUUCUUUUGGUAAUACUUAACUAUAAAGAUAUUAAUGUUUGCCAUGUAAUGUUAUAUUAUUUUAUUCUAAUUUAAUAUAAGUUUUAUAUGAAUAUAUACAUAUACAUAUACAUAUAUAUAUAUAUAUAUAUAUAUAUAUAUAUAUAUAUAUAUAUGUCAAAAGUUUUCAAAUAAAAUACAAAUAAAAACAAAAUUAUACAGAAAUACGUUCAUCUUCAUUGUAUUUAUUUCAUAUAUUAACUUUAUUUAAAAUUUUAUUUAACAUUUUGAUUUAAUUCGUGAUAUUACUUAAUACAAGUAAUGAAUAAGAAACAUGUUCUAUUAUUACCUGUUUAUUUCAUUCAAAAUGUGAUGUACAAAAUCUAAGCGCAUGACUUUUAAAUAUAGGUAUGUUUGUGACUAAAUAUAAAAUAUGUGAUAAGAAAGAAAUUACAUGUAAUAUCACAGAUUAUUAGAAAAUUAUGAAAUCACAGCGACAUGAGAUUUUGAAAACAUAACUUGUUACUUAAAUAAACAUGAAUUCAUGCUUUAUAAAUUAUAAAUAAUUAGAACAUAACAGUCAAAAUACAGAAUACAAUUAUUUCUUGCUAACAAAAUAUUAUGUAUAAUUCAUUUUCAGUAUUUAAUUUUUCUAUAAGAACUAAAAUGUACUAAGUAUAUUAUCCUUCUGUAAUUU